AUGCCUAUGCACUAUUACGAAAAGGCACAAACCGAGUUUAAGCCCCAGCUACUCGUCGGAAAUAAUGUAUUUCUUGGGGACAUCUUCUCCAGUGAAAAGAUGGAUGCUGAAAAGCCUAUCUCGUGUGGUUUAUAUCGCUUGGAACAGGGGGAGCCCUUGGUAUACACAUAUACCUACCAUGAGAUGAAGAUUAUCAUUGAGGGGGAGUUUCAUAUUAGCGAUGAGACCGGCAAAAGUGUAAUUGGAAAGCCUGGCGAUGUUUUUCAUUUUGAGAAGGGAGCGACGAUCACCUUUACGACACCAAACUAUGGGCUUGCGUUCUACACAGGACAAAGAACCGAGGGUGCUGCCUAA